AUGGCUCUUAGACGUCCCACUGACGACGAAGAUUUAUUCAGUUGGACAGGUACGAUUCUUGGACCUAUUAAAUUUAUUACUAGAAUAUAUCAUCCAAAUGUUGACGACGAUGGCUCGAUUUGCGUAAAUCUGUUAAAAACAGAUGUGUGGAAACCUGCUACCAAAAUUUCUCAUGUGCUUGAAGCCAUUUUAAGUCUUCUUGAAAAUCCAAAUCCUGACGAUGCACUUGUAUCUUCUAUAGCAGAGAUUUAUAACGUCAACAGAGUAAAAUUUAUCAAGACGGCUAAAGACUUUGUUAAAAAGAUUAUUAUACAUGUCAUCUUUGCAAUAUAUCGCAGAGCGAUUCCUGAUUAA